AGGAUAUUUAGAUGUAAUUUUACAUUUGAGUUUGGGGAUGGUGCUAUAUAAAGGCGCCAAUACUCACCCAUCUUUGCAUCUCUAGAGUUGUAAGUCAAAGAAAGGAGGAGCUGAAUCCUAUAUAUAUAAACCAGCCCUGCGAACCCCAGCCACUACCAUUGCAGCACGGUGUCACCGGAGCAGGGUUCAGUCUUUUGUUAGUUGGGGAUUGUCAAAGACAAUGAAGUACGUUUUAGUGACGGGUGGAGUGGUAAGCGGUCUCGGGAAAGGAGUGACUGCCAGUAGUAUUGGAUUGAUUCUCAAGGCCUGCGGACUUCGAGUUACUUCUAUCAAGAUAGAUCCUUAUUUGAACACAGAUGCUGGAACGAUGUCCCCUUUUGAGCAUGGGGAAGUGUAUGUCUUAGAUGAUGGUGGAGAGGUGGACCUGGACCUUGGAAACUAUGAGCGAUUUCUAGAUAUCAAGUUGACCCGUGAUAAUAAUAUCACCACCGGGAAGAUUUACCAGUCUGUUAUUGACAAAGAGAGAAGAGGAGAUUAUCUGGGAAAAACUGUCCAGGUUGUUCCUCACAUCACGGAUGCCAUUCAAGAGUGGGUUGAGCGUGUAGCAAAGAUACCAGUGGAUGGGGAAGAAGGUCCAGCUGAUGUUUGUGUCAUAGAAUUGGGUGGAACUAUAGGAGACAUUGAAUCAAUGCCAUUUAUUGAGGCUCUUGGGCAGUUCUCUUACCGCGUAGGUGCUGGAAACUUCUGCUUGAUUCAUGUCAGCCUUGUGCCCGUUCUAAGUGUAGUUGGUGAACAGAAAACAAAGCCUACACAGCAUAGUGUUCGGGGACUGAGAGGCCUUGGUUUGGCACCAAAUAUCUUAGCCUGUCGCAGCACAACGGCACUUGAUGAAAAUGUGAAGGCGAAGCUCUCCCAAUUUUGCCAUGUCUCGGCAGAAAACAUCAUCACUCUAUAUGAUGUUUCCAACAUCUGGCACAUCCCUUUGCUUUUACGAGAUCAGAAGGCACAUGAAGCAAUCUUGAAAGUGUUGAACCUUCUAAGUGUUGCUGGGGAGCCAUGUUUAGAGGAAUGGACUUCUAGGGCUGAACUCUAUGACAUGUUACAUGAGCCAGUGAGAAUUGCCAUGGUUGGAAAGUAUACAGGCCUUUCUGAUUCUUACCUCUCUGUAAUAAAGGUGAACUUAGAUGCCCUUAAUCCUUGAUCUGGGCUGCCAUACAUGUAUAUGUACAUGUAUACACAUAAUUUUUGAUAGCUACUUUUUUUUCUUUUUUCAAAGAAAAGAUUAAUUUAUAUUAUUUUUAUUCAUUUAUUUAGCAUUCCACAAUAUACUCUUUUCUCAAUAAUUUACCUCUUCUUCAUUUCAUCACCAAGAUGAUCCAUUUCCCUAAAUUGUCCAAGGAAUUCUCUUGUCACUGUUCGUGUACAACCCAUCAUCUCAUUCAACACAAGAUGGGUUUCUUCAUCUCCAUUCUUUUAUGGGUUUCUUCAUCUCCAUUCUCUUUUUUUUUUUUGCCCUUUUAAUCAUUUUAUCACUAUUCUUGUGUUGUUAAUGCCUAUCAAGAAAAGAAAAGAGUAAUAAAAAUAAGACCACGUUGUGGUUAAACUUUCUCCUGGUAUUACUUUACAAUCCUCAAAUGAUCCUUGGUCAAUCCUCCUUCUAAGAAAGACUUAUUUGACUAAUAUUUGUUCAACUUUUAAUUCUCAUUCUAUCUUGGUUCUUCUUCUUAGAUUGAGCAUUUGCUAUUACAAAAUCAUAUGCUAUUUCAAAUUCCAAGAUAGCAUCUCUUGCCUCAUUCUUUUCUCCAAACCUGCAAUUCUUAUUCACCUUUUCAUAUUCUAUAACCAUUUUCCCUAUAUGACCAUUUAAUUAUCCUGA